AUGGCGAUCCCAUCUGAUGCAUGGGUAUCCGGCAUAUUGCACGAGUUAACGGAAUUUUCAAAACUUCGAUCUUUGACGAUUCUCAAUGAAGGAAGGCCAACACGGCAUCGCUUCCGAGUGCUACUCAAUCACAAGCUAUUUCUCCAAGCUAUAACUUUAAAGUCCUUACCAGUGUACUUUGUUGGCAGGGACAUUGUGGCUUUGAUCAAUGCACUUUCGGACUACGGCUCUUUGAAGGAAAUCCAGAUUAGGAUAGUCAGAGAUUACAAGGACCCAAAGUCCAGCUGGUAUCGUCCACUUGUUGAGCUUGGGGGAGGAUGGAGAAAGCUGCUCCUCGGAGCUUAUCUUUCUGACGUCCGUCCCGAAGAUGGUUGGAAUGAGGUUCUCGAGACAGUCUCCUCUCGAUCCUGUGAUAUCAAAGAAAUAGGCCUCCCGUGCAUUUGCUGGGGGAGUCUGCCUCCUCAUUCCCUUCUAAAACCACUAAUUUCAAAUCCAGGAAAUGCUCAAAUCACAAUUAACCAACUUCGAAACCUGCGAGUGAUGAUAGCUGGAUAUCACAAAUACAUACUUAAUGAGCGGAUCACCAAGCCUGGUCUUGGCAGGAGAAUUUUCAAGGCACAUCGCAAGGAACAUGUCGGUCUAUACGUUGGCAUACCCCAUGCCUUCAGCAGCUCGCAAAACCCGAAUACCACAACCACCGGCUCGAUUCGCCGUUCGGAGGAGCACCAUGAUGGCUUGAGGUUGUUGAGUUCGAGCCCGAGGAAGCUUACGAUUUUGGCUUUAUCACAAAUUUGGAGAAAGUCAGUUACCGUUGAAGAAUUUGUUGGAAGUAUCCAGUUGGGACUUUCCCAAGCGGACAGGACAAGGACUCUCAGGGGCAAUAUCGUCGGAGGGAAAACAUGGCAUACAGUAUGUCUCAUGUCACUUGUAAGAUUUCAGAAACCUCAGUUAUAG